GUCAAAAUGGCUGCCAAACCAAAGUGGCGAAAGAUCCUCUACGAGGACCAAGGUGUUCCUGAUAACUACGUCGACGCCAGUUUCUUGGAUGAAUUAAAGAAGAAUUUGUACACCCGGAAAUAUGAAUACCUGCCGCUGGUUUACGAGUCAGGAGUGAUUACUCAGCAUCUUAGCAGCGUCUGCUUGUUUGUGAUAGUGUUUGUGUACAUGAAUGAGAAAUGGUUGUCGGCGGAGAGUCUGUGUGUUGUGUCCACUGGGGUAACUGUCGUGGCGUACCUCCUCAAUGAAGUCAUCGAUGGUGGACAGAGUCGGUCCCAGUCCAAGAGGACAAUGAUGGACGAUCUGAAGACGGCGGUUCUGUUUUCCGGCUUCAGUUUUGGUCUGUCACCGAUCUUAGUGUCCCUGACAGAGACAGUCAGCACUGACACAAUCUAUGCCAUGACAACUAUCAUGCUGCUGGCCAACGUGCUGUUCCACGACUACGGUGCAAGUGCUGCGAUUGUGUCUGGCACCCUGUCUCUAAGCGCGGCAACGUUCGCGUCCGUGUGCCUGGCGUCCCGCCUGAACACCACCUGGCAUGCCUUCACAACCAUUGUGUUUUCCUUUGAGCUGUUCGCUCUGUGGCCUGUCCUGAGGCGGAAACUGAAGACUCAUGCACCCAGCAGCCAGGUUCCACUGACUGUCCUCCUGGGGGGCGGGGCACUGAUGCUGCUGUUGUCCGUCACAACAGCAGGCGCUGUGUUGUUCGCUGUGUUCCAUCUGUUCAUCACAUUCAUCUGCCCCUACUGGCUCACCAGACUACAGCUUUAUAAAAAUAACAUCUACGGUCCAUGGGAUGAAGCUGUGAUUAAACCUGAUCCAUCAUAACACGAUGACAGUGUUGUUAUAUAGACAUGCGAGUGAGAGAAAGGUUGAAUAGUGGUCAGUGUGUGAUUGUUGCUGCCAAUUUAAUAAAUUUGGCAGGUGUUAUUUAUUAGUACUGAAUUAUGGAUGUCUGUUCCUGUCCAUCUUCCUGAGGCAAGAGAGUUAACUGACUUUAAAAGUCCAGGGCCUGGUUCAACAAGGCGAUCUUAGCGCUACGAUCAUCGUAAGCCUAUGUUAAAGUAUGGGAGUUACGAUCA